AUGUCGACCACAUACCUGUCCAUCCACGACCUGCUGCGCAUCACGUACACGUAUGAGAUGCAAGCUGUUGAAGCGCAAGCUCGAGUCCAACAAGAGCAACCCAGGCCUCGCUCCGACUCUGCAUGCUCGAUGCCAGAGAUAUGUGCGCAUCUCUCGCCACCCAGUCCGACGCUCUCGUCAUUCGCAAAUGCGCAAGAGCUGGAAACGGACUUUACGCACUUGUUUGGCAGCAAAAACGUCAAAGUCUGA